UUCAAUCAAAGCAAAUUGUGCAAACAAAAAUCAACUCAACAGCUGAAAUUUCGCUUAUAAUUUUAGAAAAAAUUUUACAAAUAAAAUAUUUCUUGAGAUUUCACGUUCGAGCUGGAUGCUAGGCUUAAAUAUAAAAUAUAUAUAUUUUUUAAAUGAAAAAUCAUAUAUCAACUGUUUUGUGUGAAAUGCGUAGUGAUUUCAAAGAUAAUCAUCAAGAAACGAUCAAUAAAAUGAUACAAUUUGGCACCGUUAAAUAUGGAAUCGUCAAACAGCUGAAAGAUCGUGCACGUAGCACUGAGAAAGAUGAUACAAGCGAUCAGGAGGAGAAUGGUGCUUGCUGUUCACCCAUUGCUAGUCAAGAAGUGGCUAGUAACAACACAACAGACCCUGCUGAAGCAAAUGCUACAACAGCAAUAACAAUGACAGCUUUGGAUGUGCUUGCUACGCCAUUGCACAGCGCAAUUGGCAAUGAUUUGUCUGUUGCGGCGGCACAAGCGCAAGAUCGCACACAAAGCGCAGCCGAUUUGGCUGAAAAUAGCAUAACAACAGAAGCCGAUACGGCUGCUGCCGCUGCUGCUGCGCACGACGUUGCGCUCAACGAAGAUCACAAUCACAACAACACCAGAAACAGCAACAGCAAUAGCAACAGCAGCGCCAAUAGUCUUUCGAUGUCCGGUGCAUCGCCAACGCGACUAGAACAAGCGCGCGGCACAACGCCUGUGGAGCGCUUACUACAGCUGAAAUCGCUUGCCGAUGCGGCGGUGGUAGCGAAAACAAUGGCAGGUGGCGACAGCGCAGCGUCAGCAAUUAGCGCAGCCGGUUCACCAGCAUACAACACAUAUCCGACCGAUAACGCUUGUGUUACAAACAACAGCAAAUUUGAUUCACCCACACACAUGGAUAUGGAAAAGCAAGCGAAAUCGCAGCUUUAUGCGGCAGUAGGCGCAGCGAAAAAGCGGCGCGCGUCAGCGAUGGAAGAUGAGGACGACAAUGGGGAUGAAAAUGAAGCAGCAGAUGGAGAUGGAGCGGAAGAAGCGCAAGUUAAACCAGCUGCAGAAAGAUUGGCGUUGAAGCAGCUAACCAGCGAAUCGCCAGCUAAUUUAGCGACACCAAAGACCAGUGGCUCGGUGAGCAGCAAUGCAAUGGCUGCAAGCGAGUCAGAUGACAACUUAACAAAGCCCAUUUCUGCACCACUAACGCCCACCUCAAGCGCGCUCGCCGCCGCUAGCGCAUUGCCACAAGCCGCUGCUGCCGCUGCCGCUUUUGGAGCUGCUCCCGUCAAUUUGGAAGCCAUACAGAAUAUGCAAAUGGCUAUCGCGCAAUUUGCGGCCAAGACGAUAGCGAAUGGUGCGCAGGGUGGCGAUAAUGAUGCAGCAAUGAAACAAUUGGCAUUCUUGCAGCAAGCGCUUUUCAAUUUGCAACAACAACAACUCUUUCAAAUACAACUCAUUCAACAGCUGCAAUCACAGCUGGCCAUGAAUCAGCCGAAGGGGUCGAGCGAUGGUGCAGACGCUGGCGACUGUGAGGAAAUGGAAGAGGAACGCGAAGAUGGCGAGGAGGAUACGUAUGAGGAGGAGGAGCGCAUUGCCGAAAUGGAAUUGCGUCAGAAGGCAGAGGCGCGCAUGGCUGAAGCAAAGGCGCGACAGCAUCUUAUCAACGCCGGCGUGCCGUUGCUUGAUGAAAACGCCGACGGCACGACAAAGUCAAGUACAUCAGGCGGGGCUAGCGGUUCUUCCGUAGCGGCAGAGUCACUCAAGCGCAAGCGCGAGGAUGAUGAAGAUGCGGACGCCUUCAGCGUUGCUACCAGACGCAUGAGCGUAGAGGUGGCGACGCGUGCAAGCGCAGAAGGCGCGCGUUUGAGCGAACAAAUACCGACAUCAUCGGAUGCGCUGAGCAAACUGAAAGCGCUCGAGAAUAUGCCGCUGCCCUAUGGUUCGGAUUUGGCGUCGACCAUUAUUACCAAUCAUGAUGAUCUGCCUGAGCCCAACUCGCUGGAGAUGUUGCAGAAGCGCGCGCAAGAGGUGCUGGAUUCCGCCUCGCAAGGCAUACUCGCGAACAAUAUGGCCGAUGAGUUUGCGUUUCGUGAUAAAAAUGGCGAUGGCAAGAACCGAAAUGAGCCAUUCUUUAAGCAUCGCUGCCGCUACUGCGGCAAGGUGUUCGGCUCUGAUUCGGCGCUACAAAUACACAUACGUUCGCAUACUGGCGAGCGUCCGUUCAAGUGCAACGUCUGCGGCAGCCGCUUCACCACCAAAGGUAAUCUGAAAGUACACUUUCAGCGACACGCACACAAGUUCCCGCAUGUACCGAUGAAUGCCACGCCCAUACCCGAGCACUUGGACAAGUUCCACCCACCGUUGUUGGAUCAAAUGUCGCCGGAUAGUUCGCCGACGCAUACGCCGGCAGCGUUGCCACAACAAAUGCCCCAACAGAUGCCGCCAGUAUCGCUGCCGUUACCUUUUCCGCCAGGCGCUGCCUUUCCCGGACUUCCCGGUCUGUAUCGGCCGCCCAUGGAAUUGCUGAAGUCGUUGGGCAACGCGGGUUUCCCAAAUCCAUUCUUUCCGCAUAUGCCGCCAGCUGGGCAGUCACGCGCGGAAGCGCCAACGGCUCGGCAUGCAUCCAAGGAGAAUAAUCAAGAUAUGCCAACUGAUUUGCGUAAGUCCUCGGCAUCCAAUUCACCCGAACUGCCAGUCAAGACUGAAAUCACAGAAGAGGAGAAAAAAGAAGUUCGAGCGGAAGCGCAAAAGGCAACCACGUUACGGCCGUCGGAAAGUGCAAAUGUUGCCACAUCGCAGGACGCAGCGCCGGCCUUGGACAUAAAAAUCAAAGAGGAACGAAUCGAUACGGAUUCGCAGGACGUAGAGAUGGAACGCGCAGACACACCACCUGUACAGCUUUCGACAUCACCUGCACGCACCUCCUUAUCACCAUCCCAAAGAUGCGCCAGCGCGCCCUUCACACCUCCAACGCCCACAUCCAGGCCAUUGGCGUUGCCACCUGUUGUACAGCCAGCGCAACCACCCAUAUCUAGGCAUCCGCAUCCCUCGCCAGGCGCCCAUAACCACAUCGAUCACCUGCCCACACCCGGUCAGCUGCCGCCAUCUUUGCACCACCGCGACGACUUCUUUGCGGAACGCUUUCCACUGAAUUUUACCAAAAAUCUGUCGCCCGAACACCAUUCGCCCAUACGCUCACCCGCGCACCUACAACGCUCGCCAUUCUUCAACCCCAUCAACCACGAGAUGGCGCUGCUACCACGCCCCCACAGCAAUGACAAUUCAUGGGAGAACUUCAUCGAGGUUUCGAACACCUCGGAGACGCUGAAACUGAAGGAGUUGAUGAAGAACAAGAAGCUCAGCGACCCAAACCAGUGCGUCGUAUGCGAUCGUGUGUUGUCAUGCAAGAGCGCGUUGCAGAUGCACUACCGCACACAUACUGGCGAACGCCCCUUCAAGUGCCGCAUUUGCGGACGCGCUUUCACCACCAAAGGCAAUCUGAAAACCCACAUGGCGGUGCACAAGAUUCGGCCACCCAUGCGCAAUUUCCACCAAUGUCCCGUCUGCCACAAAAAGUACUCGAAUGCGCUGGUCUUGCAGCAGCACAUACGGCUGCAUACCGGCGAGCCGACUGAUCUCACGCCCGAGCAAAUACAAGCAGCCGAGAUACGUGAUCCACCACCGUCAAUGAUGCCGGGCGCCUUCAUGAAUCCCUUCGCAGCCGCGGCUUUCCACUUCGGCGCCAUGCCAGGCGCUGGCGCCGCCAUGAGCCACCUGGGCCCACACAAUGGCACACUCGGCUCGGAGUCAUCGCAGGGCGACAUGGACGAUAACAUCGACUGCGGCGAUGACUUUGACGAUGAUAUCUCAUCCGAGCACAUGUCCAGCGCGCACGACUUGGACGUGAGCGAUCGACCGAAAUCCAGCGAUGACUUCAAAGGCUUGCUCUUCGAACAAAAGCUGCGCAUCGAUGCCACCGGUGUCGUGAACACCACACCACGUCCGCGUUCGGCUGCCAGCAAUGCCAACUCGGUGAACUCCGCGCCAACCAGCCCCAGUUCGGGCGCGCCGCGUCACUGCUCCACACGCACCAGCUCGCCAGCGCGCUCCAUGUCCGAAGCAUCACAAGGUGCUCUAGAUCUAACGCCACGCGCCAUGCCAAUGCAACAAAACAACAGCAGCAACAGCUCACGUUCGCCAGCGCCGACGUCUGCAGCUCCUCAGGCUGCUGUGGGGGGUCGCAAAUCGCCCACACCACCGGUGCGCAACAGCAGCGCCAAUAGCAGCACAGCACGAAGCCCCACAUCGGCGCCGACGCAAAGGUCGCACCCACAACUGAGUCCCGCAGCUGCGCUCACCUCACCGCUGGUACCACCAUCGGCUGUUGACUGCCUGCCGCCGGUGCUGCAUCACCACCUGCAGCAGCAACACCAGCAUUUAAUGCAACAGCAAGCGGUAGCAGCGGCGGCGGCGCAUGCGCAAGCUCAAGCCCAGCACCAUCAUCAGCAGUUGCAGCAGCAUGCCGUCGCUUUGCAUGCCGAACAGCUAAGGCGCGAACACCAAAUCAAGCAAGAGCAGCAUCAGGCGGCGCAUCAACAACAUAUGCGCCAACAACAACAACAGCAGCAGCAGGAAGCGGCGCAUGCGUCGGCACAUUCACCGCAUCAGCUUUCGUUGCCGCCACCACACUUGGCGCAUCAUCUGCAACAACAGCAGCAGCAUCAACAGGCGGCGGCGGCGGCGGCGGCAGCAGCAGCGGCGGCGGCGCAACAACAACAGCCCGCAGGCUCGCUACCACCACAGGGACCACAACCACCCAAUCCAUUGGUUGCAGCGCGUCCGCCCUUCGGCAUGUUUCCCAACCUGCCGCUCUUCCCGCCGGCCACAGCGCAAACGAUGUGCUCGGCAAUGAAUACGAUUGCGCAGUCGGUAAUGCCGGCGGCACCGUUCAAUCCACUUGCACUUUCCGGCGUGCGAGGGAGCACCACCUGCGGCAUCUGUUUCAAAACAUUCCCCUGUCAUUCAGCUUUAGAAAUUCAUUAUCGCAGUCACACUAAGGAGCGACCAUUCAAGUGUACAAUCUGUGAUCGCGGUUUUACAACAAAGGGUAACCUCAAACAGCAUAUGCUGACACAUAAAAUACGGGAUAUGGAGCAGGAAACAUUUCGAAAUCGUGCAGUAAAGUAUGUAAAUGAUACAAGCGAUCAGGAGGAGAAUGGUGCUUGCUGUUCACCCAUUGCUAGUCAAGAAGUGGCUAGUAACAACACAACAGACCCUGCUACAACAGCAACAACAAUGACAGCUUUGGAUGUGCUUGCUACGCCGUUGCACAGCGCAAUUGGCAAUGAUUUGUCCGUUGCGGCGGCACAAGUGCAAGAUCGCACACAAAGCGCAGCCGAUUUGGCUGAAAAUAGCACAACAACAGAAGCCGAUACGGCUGCUGCCGCUGCUGCUGCGCACGACGUUGCGCUCAACGAAGAUCACAAUCACAACAACACCAGAAACAGCAAUAGCAACAGCAGCGCCAAUAGUUUUUUGAUGUCCGGUGCAUCGCCAACGCGCCUAGAACAAGCGCGCGGCACAACGCCUGUGGAGCGCUUACUACAGUUGAAAUCACUUGCUGAUGCGGCGGUGGUAGCGAAAACAAUGGCAGGUGGCGACAGCGCAGCGUCAGCAAUUAGCGCAGCCGGUUCACCAGCAUACAACACAUAUCCGACAGAUAAAGCUUGUGUUACAAACAACAGCAAAUUUGAUUCACCCACACACAUGGAUAUGGAAAAGCAAGCGAAAUCGCAGCUUUAUGCGGCAGUAGGCGCUGCAAAAAAGCGGCGCGCGUCAGCGAUGGAAGAUGAGGACGACAAUGGGGAUGAAAAUGAAGCAGCAGAUGGAGAUGGAGCGGAAGAAGCGCAAGUUAAACCAGCUGCAGAAAGAUUGGCGUUGAAGCAGCUAACCAGCGAAUUACCAGCUAAUUUAGCGACACCAAAACCCAGUGGCUCGGUGAGCAGCAAUGCAAUGGCUGCAAGCGAGUCAGAUGACAACUUAGCAAAUCCCAUUUCUGCACCACUAACGCCCACCUCAAGCGCGCUCGCCACAUUGCCACAAGCCGCUGCUGCCGCUGCCGCUUUUGGAGCUGCGCCCGUCAAUUUCGAAGCCAUACAGAAUAUGCAAAUGGCUAUCGCGCAAUUUGCGACCAAGACGAUAGCGAAUGGCGCGCAGGGUGGCGAUAAUGACGCAGCAAUGAAACAAUUGGCAUUCUUGCAGCAAGCGCUUUUCAAUUUGCAACAACAACAACUCUUUCAAAUACAACUCAUUCAACAGCUGCAAUCACAGCUGGCCAUGAAUCAGCCGAAGGGGUCGAGCGAAGGAGCAGACGCUGGCGACUGUGAGGAAAUGGAAGAGGAACGCGAAGAUGGCGAGGAGGAUACGUAUGAGGAGGAAGAGCGCAUUGCUGAGAUGGAAUUACGACAGAAGGCGGAGGCGCGCAUGGCUGAAGCAAAAGCGCGACAGCAUCUUAUCAAUGCCGGCGUGCCGCUGCUUGAUGAAAACGCCGACGGCACGACAAAGUCGAGUACAUCAGGCGGGGCUAGCGGUUCCUCCGUAGCGGCAGAGUCACUCAAGCGCAAGCGCGAGGAUGAUGAGGAUGCAGACGCCUUCAGCGUUGCUACCAGACGCAUGAACGUAGAGGUGGCGACGCGUGCGAGCGCAGAAGGCGCGCGUUUGAGCGGAAAAAUACCAACAUCAUCGGAUGCGCUGAGCAAACUGAAAGCGCUCGAGAAUAUGCCGCUGCCUUAUGGUUCGCAUUUGGCGUCGACCAUUAUUACCAAUCAUGAUGACCUGCCUGAGCCCAACUCGCUAGAGAUGUUGCAGAAGCGCGCGCAAGAGGUGCUGGAUUCCGCCUCGCAAGGCAUACUCGCGAACAAUAUGGCAGAUGAGUUUGCGUUUCGUGAUAAAAAUGGCGAAGGCAAGAACCGAAAUGAGCCAUUCUUUAAGCAUCGCUGCCGCUUCUGCGGCAAGGUGUUCGGCUCUGAUUCGGCGCUACAAAUACACAUACGUUCGCAUACUGGCGAGCGUCCGUUCAAGUGCAACGUCUGCGGCAGCCGUUUCACCACCAAAGGUAAUCUGAAAGUGCACUUUCAGCGACACGCACACAAGUUCCCGCAUGUACCGAUGAAUGCCACGCCCAUACCCGAGCACUUGGACAAGUUCCACCCACCGUUGUUGGAUCAAAUGUCGCCGGAUAGUACGCCGACGCAUACGCCGGCAGCGUUGCCACAACAAAUGCCCCAACAGAUGCCGCCAGUAUCGCUGCCGUUACCUUUUCCGCCAAUCGCUGCCUUUCCCGGACUUCCCGGUCUGUAUCGGCCGCCCAUGGAGCUGCUGAAGUCGUUGGGCAAUGCGGGUUUCCCAAAUCCAUUCUUUCCGCAUAUGCCGCCAGCUGGGCAGUCACGCGCGGAAGCGCCAACGGCUCGGCAUGCAUCCAAGGAGAGUAACCAGGAUUUGCCAACUGAUUUGCGUAAGUCCUCGGCAUCCAAUUCACCCGAACUGCCAGUCAAGACUGAAAUCACAGAAGAGGAAAAAAAAGAAGUUCGAGCGGAAGCGCAGAAGGCAACCACGUCACGGCCAUCGGAGAGUGCAAAUGUUGCCACAUCGCAGGACGCAGCGAAAGCCUUGGACAUACAAAUCAAAGAGGAACGAAUCGAUACGGAUUCGCAGGACGAAGAGAUGGAACGCGCAGACACACCACCAGUACAGCGUUCGACAUCACCUGCACGCACCUCCUUAUCACCUUCUCAGAGAUGCGCCAGCGCGCCCUUCACACCUCCAACGCCCACAUCCAGGCCAUUGGCGUUGCCACCUGUUGUACAGCCAGCGCAACCACCCAUAUCUAGGCAUCCGCAUCCCUCGCCAGGCGCCCACAACCACAUCGAUCACCUGCCCACAUCCGGUCAGCUGCCGCCAUCUUUGCACCACCGCAACGACUUCUUUGCGGAACGCUUUCCACUGAAUUUUUCCAAAAAUCUGUCGCCCGAACACCAUUCGCCCAUACGCUCACCCGCGCACCUACAACACUCGCCAUUCUUCAACCCCAUCAACCACGAGAUGGCGCUGCUACCACGCCCCCACAGCAAUGACAAUUCGUGGGAGAACUUCAUCGAGGUUUCGAACACCUCGGAGACGCUGAAACUGAAGGAGUUGAUGAAGAACAAGAAGCUCACCGACCCAAACCAGUGCGUCGUAUGCGAUCGUGUUUUGUCAUGCAAGAGCGCGCUGCAGAUGCACUACCGCACGCACACUGGCGAACGCCCCUUCAAGUGCCGCAUUUGCGGACGCGCUUUCACCACCAAAGGGAAUCUGAAAACCCACAUGGCGGUGCACAAGAUCCGGCCACCCAUGCGCAAUUUCCACCAAUGUCCCGUCUGCCACAAAAAGUACUCGAAUGCGCUGGUCUUACAACAGCACAUACGGCUGCAUACCGGCGAGCCGACUGAUCUCACGCCCGAGCAAAUACAAGCAGCCGAGAUACGUGAUCCCCCACCGUCAAUGAUGCCGGGCGCCUUCAUGAAUCCCUUCGCAGCCGCGGCUUUCCACUUCGGCGCCAUGCCAGGCGCUGGCGCCGCCAUAAGCCACCUGGGCCCACACAAUGGCACACUCGGCUCGGAGUCAUCGCAGGGCGACAUGGAUGAUAACAUCGACUGCGGCGAUGACUUUGACGAUGAUAUCUCAUCCGAGCACAUGUCCAGCGCGCACGACUUGGACGUGAGCGAUCGACCGAAAUCCAGCAAUGACUUCAAAGGCUUGCUCUUCGAACAAAAGCUGCGCAUCGAUGCCACCGGUGUCGUGAAUACCACACCAUGUCCGCGUUCGGCUGCCAGCAAUGCCAACUCGGUGAACUCCGCGCCAACCAGCCCCAGUUCGGGCGCGCCGCGUCACUGCUCCACACGCAUCAGCUCGCCAGCGCGCUCCAUGUCCGAAGCUUCACAAGGUGCUCUAGAUCUAACGCCACGCGCCAUACCAAUGCAACAAAUCAACAGCAGCAACAGCUCACGUUCGCCAGCGCCGACGUCUGCAGCUCCUCAGGCUGCUGUGGGUGGUCGAAAAUCGCCCACGCCACCGGUGCGCAACAGCAGCGCCAAUAGCAGCACAGCACGAAGCCCCACAUCGGCGCCGACGCAAAGGUCGCACCCACAACGGAGUCCUGCAGCUGCUCUCACCUCACCGCUGGUACCACCAUCGGCUGUCGACUGCCUGCCGCCAGUGCUGCAUCACCACCUGCAGCAGCAACACCAGCAUCUAAUGCAACAGCAAGCGGUAGCAGCAGCGGCGGCGCAUGCGCAAGCUCAAGCGCAGCACCAUCAUCAACAGUUGCAGCAGCAUGCCGUCGCCUUGCAUGCCGAACAGCUAAGGCGCGAACACCAAAUCAAGCAAGAGCAGCAUCAGGCGGCGCAUCAGCAACAUAUGCGUCAACAACAACAGCAGCAGCAGCAGGAAGCGGCGCAUGCGUCGGCACAUUCACCACAUCAGCUUUCGUUGCCGCCACCACACUUGGCGCAUCAUCUGCAACAACAGCAGCAACAUCAACAGGCGGCGGCAGCAGCAGCGGCGGCGCAACAACAACAGCCCGCAGGCUGCCUACCACCACAGGGACCACAGCCACCCAAUCCAUUGGUUGCAGCGCGUCCGCCCUUCGGCAUGUUUCCCAACCUGCCGCUCUUCCCGCCGGCCACAGCACAAACGAUGUGCUCGGCAAUGAAUACGAUUGCGCAGUCGGUAAUGCCGGCGGCACCGUUCAAUCCACUUGCACUUUCCGGCGUGCGAGGGAGCACCACCUGCGGCAUCUGUUUCAAAACAUUCCCCUGUCAUUCAGCUUUAGAAAUUCAUUAUCGCAGUCACACUAAGGAGCGACCAUUCAAGUGUACAAUCUGUGAUCGCGGUUUUACAACAAAGGGUAACCUCAAACAGCAUAUGCUGACACAUAAAAUACGGGAUAUGGAGCAGGAAACAUUUCGGAAUCGUGCUGUAAAGUAUAUGAGUGGCUGCAAAGAAGGCUAUGAGUAGUGAGACCAUUGCGUUCGCUUAGAAAAGAUAACAACCAAGUAGCAAGCAGUUUAAAUGAAAAAA